CCGCACUUGAUGGUGUCAGCGAAAAAAACCUUCCACUCGUUCAUUACGUUUACAUACGCUGAAGCAAGCAAGUUGUCUGCGCUUUGUUCUUAAAUUUCUUCUGGAAGUCCCUAUUUAGCACGCAAGAUGGGUAGGGAGGACAAAGCUUCGUGGAAAGCAGGUUAUUUCGUAAAGAUCGUGCAACUGCUCGAUGAGUUCCCCAAGUGCUUCAUCGUCGGUGCCGACAACGUCGGAUCGCGCCAGAUGCAGUCCAUCCGUAUCUCGCUGCGUGGUACAGCCGUCGUCCUGAUGGGUAAGAACACCAUGAUGCGAAAGGCCAUCCGUGGUCAUCUUGAGGAGAACUUGCACCUUGAGAAGCUGCUGCCGCACAUCAGGGGUAACGUUGGCUUCGUGUUCACCAAGGGCGAUCUGGUCGAUGUUCGCGACAAGCUGAUGGAGAGCAAGGUUCGUGCUCCGGCUCGUGCCGGUGCCAUCGCUCCGCUGGAGGUCGUCAUUCCGGCCCAGAACACCGGUCUUGGACCCGAGAAGACCUCUUUCUUCCAGGCUUUGUCCAUCCCGACCAAGAUUUCCAAGGGUACGAUUGAAAUCAUCAACGACGUGCCCAUUCUGAAGCCGGGCGACAAAGUCGGUGCUUCCGAAGCCACUCUGCUCAACAUGUUGAACAUCUCUCCGUUCUCGUACGGUCUGCAAAUCCAGCAGGUGUACGAUUCGGGUUCGAUCUUCUCCCCGGACAUCCUGGACAUCAAGCCGGAAGACCUCCGCGCCAAGUUCCAGGCUGGAGUUGCCAACUUGGCUGCCAUCUCGCUCGAGAUCGGAUACCCAACUCUGGCUUCCGUGCCGCACAGCAUUGCCAACGGAUUCCGCAACCUGUUGGCCAUCGCUGCCGUCACCGAGGUUGAGUUCAAGGAAGCCGAAACCGUCAAGGAGUUCAUCAAGGAUCCGAGCAAGUUCGCUGCCGUUGCCGCCCCAACUGUCUCGGCUGCUGCUGCCCCGGCCGCCGCUGCCAAGGAGGAAAAGAAGGAAGAUACCGAAUCCGAGGACGACGAUAUGGGCUUCGGUCUGUUCGAUUAAGCUGGUUAUUCUCGAAACGAGUCAGUUGCACUGCACCAUUAAUAUCUACUUCGGUGGGUGAAUGUUUACGUCUUUUUGCUGAGGGGCUCGUAUCUACUCGUCCGGGGUUGAAACGACAAGUCAACUCUCAUGGCGAUGUACGGGUCUGUGUGAACCAUUCGUCCCCAGACUACAUAUUGAGGAUGUGCAGGAUCUUAAACUAACAACAAAAAAGUAUUUUUCAAUAAAAUACGCUACAAAAUGUAA